AUGUCGAUCUUCUCCGAGCUUGUUGGCACCAUAAAGCCCCCAAGCUUAACAGCUGAGCCGCGCCUUUACGGCCGUAGAGGAUGGGCUGGAACGAUUGCUGGUCCAGCUCUCCUAAUUUACAUAUCUGAACAUUCCAACCCGUCAUCAGAUAUGCAAAUGGCCACCCAAAUUCUAUACCAAAUUGCUCUCGGUCCCCUGAUGUCUUCCACUCUCUCUUUCGCCAACUCUUCAUUAAAGACAGACAAAUAUAACUCAGGGCCCUCAUAUUCGCCCCUAGGAGCUCUAGGCCAGAAGAAGGGCCCAUCAUUCUUCCUCCUUCUGGUCCACCCCAUUAUCAUGCUAGGUCUUGUCCUCGGUAUAAUCGGCGGUAUCGAUCGCUCACCGAGCUCAGAUGGCACAAUCAAUGAAGACAAAUAUGAUCAUGGCGCAACCUUCUCCAAGGCCUCCGCUGCAUUGUUCAUGGUCGCUUUGGUGGCCACGACCCUUGGUUGUCUGUUUUUGUGGAAGAUAAGAAAAGACCUAGCCAUUAGCUCUCGCUAUAUCUUUGCGUGUUUACCGGUUGUUUUGCCCAUGCUUCUGCUUCGUAUUGUGUACUCUGUUCUGAAUGCGGCGAACUUGGACACUUCGACUAGUUCGGGACACACGACCAAGUACAAUAUUAUGAAUGGGAGCUGGGGUAUAUAUUUUGUUAUGGGAUUUAUCCCGCAGGCAUGUAUCACGAUUGCUUAUAUUGGAAGUGGUGUUCUGGCGUGGAAAAGGUCGCGUGGUGGCAGACAGUAA